GUCUGUGCCGUACCUCAGUGCGCGGCGGAUGUUCCAACAUGAAUCUUAUAUUCCUCUUAAGUUGUGCCGUCGCCGUCGUCGCAUCACCAGACUCUUGUUCUUACACGGGAUGUCACCCUGUACAGGAGGGCAAGCUAAACGUUCAUCUCAUUCCUCACACACAUGAUGAUGUCGGCUGGCUCAAGACAGUGGACCAGUAUUAUUAUGGAAGCAACAAGGUUCACGCUCACUUCGGUGUCCAAUACAUCUUGGAUUCUGUCGUUUCUGAACUUCUAAAGAAUAAAAACAGACGGUUCAUUUACGUUGAGAGUUCGUUCCUGUGGCGAUGGUGGCAGGAACAAGACGAGGACAGUCAAGCGUUAGUCACCAAACUCGUACAGGAGGGACGACUGCAGUUGGUCCACGGAGGAUGGUGUAUGAGCGAUGAAGCAACGCCUCAUUACUCUAUGCUCAUCGACCAGAUGGCCUUCGGUCUCAAGUUCCUCAAGGAAACUUUCGGGGACUGCGGAGUUCCAAAAAUCGCUUGGCAGAUUGACCCGUUCGGCCACUCUUCUGAGGUCGCACUUCAGUUCGCUGAGAUGGGUUACGACGCGGUGUUCUUCGGAAGGAUUGAUCAUGAAGACUAUCGAGAACGAACCGUCACCAAGUCCAUGGAGAUGAUAUGGCGACCUGAUACUUCUACAGGGGAGAGAGGAGAGCUGUUUACGGGGAUCCUGUACAACCUGUACAUGCCUCCUAACGGUUUCUGCUUCGACACAUACUGCUCCGACGAGCCCAUCAUGGACAACCCAAAGCUGCACGGGUACAACGUCAACGAGAGGAUAUCAGACUUUGUGAGGGAAGUGCGUUACUGGGCCGAGUCCUACAAGACGAGACACGUACAGGUGACAAUGGGAGGAGACUUCAACUACAUCGUUGCCUCCUCGUGGUUCAAGAACAUGGAUAAACUCAUCAAAUACAUCAAUGCCAAGUUCCCAGAUAUCAACGUCCUGUACUCCACACCAGCCUGCUACGUGAAAGCCUUACACGAGACCAACACCACGUGGCCUGUCAAGGAUAAUGACGACUUCUUCCCUUACGGAAGUGACGAGCACACUUACUGGACUGGGUACUUCACGUCUCGACCCAACCUGAAAAACAUGGUCUACCGUGCCAACAAUGUUCAUCAGGCUAUGAAGCAGUUGGCCACUUCUCUCAGUCCGGACACGCUGGUGGAGGAAGAGAUGUUGAUGAACCGAGCGAUGGGCAUCACGCAGCAUCACGACGCGGUCUCUGGUACCGAGAAACAGCACGUGUCCGACGACUACGCUCUCUACAUCAGUCAGGGGCUGGAUGCAUCGGAGAAGAUAUUCUCUGCUGCUUACAAGUCGUGGCUAGGCCCAGACUUGCCUCUGCAGUCGUUCUGUCGCUUGGCCAACAUCAGCCAGUGUGAGGAGGUGGACGGAGCCGCCAAGUUUACUGUGUCCGUCUACAACCCUCUGUCUCGUUCCCUGAAUCAUCAUGUCAGAAUACCCGUCAUGCCAGGCAGCUACAAAGUCAUCGGACCUACUGGUGAAGAAAUCCCAACAGAGUUAAUCCCGGUGCCACUAGAAGUACAGAAGGUGCCGGGCCGCAGCACAAACACUUCCGUGGAGCUUAUGUUUACCACUGAAGACCUGCCUCCUCUCGGACUGCAGAGUUACCAUGUGGAGAGAUUCGAGGGAGGAACCAUCCCUUACGCCGAGCGACAGAACCUCUCCCUUCCCCUGCUCUCGGCCAAUCAGACGGCUCCGUUUGAAACAUCCAUGGAAGUGCCGGACGACAUUGUGGUGGACAACGGAGUAUUGCGACUCAUUUUCAACAUUUCCUCGGGCCACCUUCAGUUCAUCGAGCGGGAUGGAGAAAAGUGGGCGUUCCACCAGAACUUCUAUUACUACGAAGGUUCGAAGGGCUACAACUACAACUCGUACAACCGAGCGUCCGGAGCGUACAUAUUCCGUCCGGCCAAAGAGGAGGUUGUUCCUAUCUCUACCUACGCCAACAUCUCUAUCUUUAGAGGCAAACAAGUAACGGAGGUCCAUCAACAGUUUGGUCCGUGGGUCAGUCAAGUGAUUCGUUUGUACAAAAUGAAAGAUCAAAUAGAGAUGCAUUGGCUUGUUGGACCGAUCCCUGUCGACAAGUGGAUCGGAAAAGAGGUCAUCACCCGCUACAAGACGCAGCUACUUAGUGAGUCCAAGUGGUACACGGACAGUAACGGACGACGGUUGGUCCAACGAAUACGCAGCUUCCGCAAGUCUUGGAACCUUACUCUCACUGAGCCGACGGCCAGCAACUACUACCCGGUCACGUCUGCCGCUGUCGUUCUCGGCAACAAACAUCGGCUCACGGUGCUUACGGAUCGUCCCCAGGGAGCUACUAGUCUUGUCGACGGAGAACUUGAUCUCAUGCUUCACCGCAGACUGUUGUAUGAUGACAGCAAGGGCGUCAGUGAACCCCUGGACGAGCAACAGUUCGACAAAGGUCUCGUAGCUCGUGGAGUUCACAUUGUACAACUCAGCAAGGCCUAUAGGGAGGUUAACUCAUCAGGCACGAGUAGAGUAGUACCAAGGGAAAGACGAGCUUCAAGCCUCGCCCCCGCCCCCCCUACUGCCCCCACCACUACGACGGAGCCGAUGUACAAGUAUCGGGACGGAGCUGUCCGACAUCGUAUCGAGGCCCUCAACCUUGUCUAUGGACCUCUCCUUACUUUCGCUAAAACUUCUCUCUCUGCGUCUGAGUAUUCAAAGAAGUUCAGAAUGAAGUACACAGGUCUGCUGAGGAGUCCGUUGCCAGACAACAUUCACCUGUUGACACUAGAACGCUGGACUAACAGCUCGCUACUUCUACGGCUGGAACACCUUUUCGAAGCUUCGGAACACCCUACGCUCUCACAGCCAGUUACAAUUCAGCUACAGAAUCUACUGGCAGACUACAAUGUGACGAAGGCAGUCGAACUGACUCUAGGAGCUAACGAGGAGGUGGGCAAAUCUCCACGACUGUCGUGGCGUCACGAAGGCUCUCGCGUAAACGUCAUACGCAAGCCUCUUACUAACGAUCUCUCCGUAACGUUGGGCCCAAUGGACAUCCGCACAUUCCAACUGUUUACCCAGCGAGCGUGAUCUUUGCCGAAGAGCCGUCUUCUUCCUCAAGUAUGAUUCUGUGUCGCCGUCGUGCACUAACGUGUCUGUAGUUUGUACUUAGAAUAAGAGAUUAGAAGACUGGAGGACGAAUAUUGUACAGGAAGGAAAAACUAUUUUUAUAGCAGUCGCCCACCGAAAUAUGAUUUGUCCUUCACUGUACGAUCAGUUUAUUUUAUUUUUUAGAUAAAAGAAUCAAUUUACUAAAAUAAUGUAUUUUCAAAAUUUUUUUAGAAAUUCUAUGGUGGAUUGUAAGAGUUUUUAGCAGUAUCGAAAUACUAAGGGGCGGAAAUGAGAACAUUGCGUUGUUGGUUCUUUUAAGAGAUUUCCGAAUUAGUUUAUUGUAAAUAUUUAGCACGCACAAUAGAUGUUUAAAAGUAGACACCGAAAUAGCCUUUGAAGCAAAUUUUUGUAAAUAUAAUUUUACCUCUGGGGAUCAAAUAUUCUGUUUUGAAGAAAAUAAUUUCAUAAUAUUUAGUGAUUACACUAAAAUCAUGACCUUUAUUGGUUAGCUUUGCAUACUUUUUGUAAGCAAUUAUAUCAGAAAUACAUUGUUUAAACAUCAUGUCUAUUUUUAUUGUUUUAACGCUUUGUUUUAUAAUAUUUCUGAGUGACGUUAAAUUGUUGUGAUAUUUAUAAUAAAAAGUUAGAAUAAAAAUUAUUUGUAUUAAUGUUUUUAUGGAACUUCAUAAUGUGAAAAUAAUGCUGUAUACCUAAGCUUUACUCACAUUUAAUCAAGUUUUGUUUUGGUUUUAAUUUUGACACUAAAAAUUAUUUUAUAUAUAAUUUAUAAUUGAUAGAAAUGUUUUUUAAAUCUGUUUCAAUUAUUUACACUUUAUAAUGGUUUUACGUCAAAAUUGUAUUGUUGUAGUACUGUAGUUGUAUAUCUUUACUUAAACCUAUAAGAGCUUGUGUUUGUAUUAAGAAUGUGUUUAUUAUUUAUUGUGUAAAAUGUGAAAGGAAUAAACUGAAUGAUAAGAAUCGUAAA